UUGUGCAAGAGAAGGCUGUUUAACCACAAUGAUCGGAAGACUGGCUGCUUUGACUCUCCUAAGUUCAGUGUACCUGAUUCAAACUGCAGAGGUUCUUCACCAGAUUCCUUUGACUGUGGUUAAGGUUGGUGGGAAUGUUGCUUUGCAGUGUCCACUUUCUGAAAUGGAAGGCAAAUUCUUCUCCUGGUAUAAGCAGCCUCUUGGAUAUAUGCCCCAAACAGUUGCUACAGGAACUUAUACUCAACCAAAACUUAUAGGACAAUUUAACAAUCCACGUUUCAAAGUAACAGAGGGGAAAGCUCAGUAUUUUCUUAACAUCAGUAAUAUAAGCAAAGAGGACGAAGCAACAUACUUCUGUCAAAACGGAACAGCAUAUUCAUCGAGUUUUGUUACUGGCAUCUUCUUGGCUGUGAAUGAUCAUAAUCAGCAGAAAUCUUUCUAUGUGAAACAAAGUCCGGAGACUGAGUCGGUCAAGCCAGGCGACUCAGUGACUCUCCAGUGUUCACUUCUCUCCAAGACCAAAGGAAACACAGAUCAAUGUCCAGGUGAACACAGUGUGUACUGGUUCAGAUCUGGAUCAGGAGAAUCUCAUCCAGGCAUCAUUUACACUCACAGUGAUGAAGAAGAGGAAAGAAGUUGUGUCUACAAUCUGUCGAAAACUAUAGAGAACUCCUCUGAUACUGGGACUUACUACUGUGCUGUGGUGAUGUGUGGAGAGAUCCUGUUUGGUGAAGGAACUAAAGUGGAGACAAGAUGUGAACUGGACCCAGUUAUCCUUGUUCUUGGAGUCCUGUUGGCCUGCUGUGCGACUGUGAUAGUUGUCCUUAUUUUCUACGUAAAUGGAAAGAGAGUUUGUAAACAUUGCAAAGGAGCAACGAGUGCUGUAUGUAAUCCUGGGCAUGACAAGUCGACAGUGGAUCAGUCAACUUACUUGGAUGAUGAUGGAGAGGCAGUGAACUACGCAGCACUAAAUUUCUCCACAAGAAAAGUGAAAAAAGUGAAGAAUAAGAGAGAGUCGCCACCAGAGUGUGUGUACUCUGCUGUGAGAGCAGACUUCCACACACAGCACCACCCGUCUCGGUAG